UCUAACAUUGCUACUUUUCCUUUACCAUCCAUAUUUCUUCACGAAAGUACCGCACCAAUGCGGCGCAUAAAAGGUAGCGAAGUAGAAGAGGCGGAAAUCCUGCAAGCAACGAUUUGGCGACUCCAAUCAAUUCAAGGACUUAGAGGACAGUAUAACGACCGGAAACCGACGUAUCCGGGUAUGGUUGGCUACUAACUGGUGGAGAAUCGCAACCGGAAUGUCAUACAUCAUGCUUUCCGAAGGCCACUACUUCUGUUGGUCACAUCGGUGAUUAGAAGACAAGCAAGACUUCGACUCCUCAUUGAUGAUUUUUUCGAACGGGCGACAUCCCUAUCUGCCAUCAUGUGUGACCAACAUCCAUAUCGUCAAACAACUUUCAGACAAUAUCUUAGCCCAUGGUCCUAUUUACGGGUGGUGGGUGUUUGCUCUCGAGCGUAUCAACGGCCGAAUCAAAAACAUUAAGAUGAGCGGUCGAAACAUGUUUCAGGGGCAGGUGGUCGAACUGCGUUCUCUUCUCCGCCAACGUUUCGCCCUUCAACGUCUAAACACCUUGGCCACUUCUGAGUUAGAGCCGGCAGAAAAGCAGUUGGGGGAGCAGCUGAUCGAGGGUUAUCGGAAAGGUGGAAUCGACUUGGGAAUGGACAACGACGUCAGUCGUCCCACUCAAGAGGUGUUUCGUCGUUUUUUGAAUGACUACCUAUCUCGUGUUUCUGGGCGGUCACCUGCUGCUCCGGUUUUAGGGUCUGUCAUUCACCAUUUCGAAUUUCAUCGCGAGAUUGCUGUACAUGGGUACCGAUUUCGGCCAUUAGGUCCUACAUUCCAAUAGGAAUAAUCGACCAACGGUGUGUCGAAACUCCCUCAUCUUCUUCAACAGAAGAACGCGCUGUCUUUCCUCGAAUGUCGUCUUCCGCUAUGUCGUUUUUGCGAUCACCAUGGGAAGACCAUGACUGCGAUUCUCUAUAGCAUCCUCGCUCAUAUGCAGAAAAUGCGCGAUACAAUCCUGUCCAGGAAAAUGUACGCGGUAUGUAAAUGUUUCAAAUGGGUUUAUACGAAUCAGUAUCGUUAUCACGAAGAAGCCACGUUAGAUAUCCAGACUUUUUCGUCAUACGAUCUAUCCCCGCCGUUUUUCCUUCCUAUAAACGCUCGAACUGUAUCUACACUACGUUCCGUCGCUUUGCUGACUGACAGUGCCUAAAUUGCUGUCGGAUCCCGAUGGCGAUGCCCUAAUCGCCAGCAUACCGAUUGCCAGACAUACCUAGAAGCCUAGUUCUCAUUGAUGUUGUAUGAAUAGUACCACGGAUUCACAGAAAUGACAGGAGUAAUGUUUCAGUGCAUCGUUCGCGUCGGUCUGUAAGAGUUUAACAGCAUUUUCUGGCGGGUGCAGAUGGAUUAGGGUUGGGAUAACGUUGGAAGGGGUUGUGGCUUGGGUAUUGGCAACAGUUCCUGUAGUCUCACACGUCCUCGUGUGGUGGUGGUGUUGUAAUGGGCGAGUGCGUGUGAUGUUGUGCGUGUAGGUUCGGGGAAAGAGUUCAGGUCAAGCGAAGAAGGAUUGGGUGAUUUUUAUACUUCUUUGCGCGAGCAGAUAUCCCUCUCUUCCUUCAUGCAUG